AUGUAUCGCUUCGACCCCAACGAAGCAGACAUGUAUAACUUCGCACGCGGUGGACGCCGCCCCAUCAUUCAGCGAUUCGAUGAAUACUACCGGUGCUAUCCCAUGGUCAUGGCUCCCGGACCCGAGCGACCCGACCUCAACUACGGAUCCAAGAUCUUCCUGCCUCCCUCCGCCCUGGACAAGGUCUCGAAGCUACAUGUUCAGUGGCCGCUGCUUAUGGAGAUUAUCAAUGGCGAGAAGGGAAAGCACUCGCAUGCCGGUGUGCUGGAGUUCGUCGCGGAGGAGGGCAGAGCCUACUUACCCCACUGGAUGAUGCAAACACUCUCGCUCGAUGUCGGCGACAUGAUCCAGAUCAAGACCACAUCUCUCGAGCUUGCCAAACUUGUCAAGCUGCAGCCCCAAUCGACAAACUUUCUCGACAUCAGCGACCCCAAGGCGGUGCUAGAGAAGGCGUUCAGGAACUUUGCCGCUCUCACCAAAGGUGACAUAUUCAAUUUCGAGUACAAUGACGAAAUCUACCAUGUGGCGGUCCUCGAGGUCAAGCCUGAAACGGAAAAGAUGGGCGUUUGUAUGAUCGAGACGGAUGUCGAGGUCGACUUCGCCGCGCCAGUCGGCUACGUCGAGCCAGAGAAGCAGCAGAGGGGCAGUGGAACCAGCACACCCAGAAGCGUUCGUGGCGGUGUCCCGGCCGGUGGCCUGCUGCACAGCCAGGGCUCCAUGGCCCAGUCCAUAAACUAUAAUGCCAUCGCACCGUCAGCAACCGCGGCAACCUCCAGAUUCUACGGCGAGGGACAGAAGCUCAGCAAGAAGGGUAGCAAGACCUCGACGCCGAAGCCCGCCACUCCCGUGACAGGCUCGUCGGCGAACGCGCCUGCUGUCGUGCCCCUCCCGCGCCGGACGAAUGGACCCAUGCCCCUGCGCCUGCCGCCGAACAAGCUCUUCUUUGGCUACGAGAUCAAGCCCGUCAAGACCGAUGCCGACAAGGAGCGAGAGAAGGAAGAAUCCAAUCGCCCUCACUUCGCCGGUCAGGGCCAGACCCUGCGAGGCAAGCGCAAGGGCGAUGCCGAGGAGAAGGAGAAGGCGCCUGAGAAGAAGGGCCCCAGUGAAGGAAACAGACUUGACGGUCGUGGCCCGAAGCCCCGCGGCAUCGAGUAA